AUGUCCGUUUACAAUCAUCGUUCAAUGGUGUCAGCACCACAAAGCAGAAUUAUCGAGAUGCUGGAGACAAUCAGAGCCGACUACGACCAACUCUCUCAAGACGCCUACCUGUUCAAGAGUCAACGGAAUGAGUUUGAGCUCAAAAUGAACACUCAAAUCCAGGAAAUGAACAAUUUCCAGCAAAGUCUUCUUGAAUUAGAGCGAUCCCAACAUACUCUUAAGAAGCAAUACGAAGAUGAAAUUGCCAGGCUUCGUCAGCAACUGGAACAGGCCCAGACGCGUGCUGGAUACUCUGUCGCACCUGCAAAUCCUCCCAUGCCAGCUGGAAUUCAUUCUUCUCAUCCUCCGCCACCCAACAUUGGACCUGGCUCAAAUUACUUUGGAGGGAUCAUGAACGCCCACAAUAGUCAUCAAGGGCCAGGUCUUGUUGCUCCUCCUCAGAUGUCUGAUGUUCCUCACUCAGGUUAUCCUCCAACCCAGCCACCUCCGGGACCACCUCAUCUCACUUCAGGUUAUCCCACUAACCAGCCUCCUCCUCCUCCUCCUGGGCAAGGUAAGAGUUCUGGUAUUGUUCCUGGUGGCCCACCACCUCAACCUCCUUCGGCAGCUUCUGCCCCUCCCCCUUCGCAUCCUUCAGCUCAUGCUCCUCCCUCCCAGGCCAUCAUUCGCGCUUCUGGAGGGAAACCCAUCGAGGCUGCUAUUCCCGGGGGGUUUGCAGAUGCUGACCCAAAUAAUGUACCUGCAAGCAUGAAAGUCGAAGGAAAAGACUGGUUUGCGCUGUUUAAUCCAAAAGUACCUCGCCAACUCAAGGUUGACCUCGUACACACUUUGGACCAUGGUAGUGUUGUAUGCUGUGUCAAGUUUAGUGCAGAUGGUCGCUAUCUGGCUGCCGGUUGUAAUCGUCAAACUUUUAUCUACGAUGUCUCGACUGGUCAGAAGAUUUGUGUGCUACAGGACGAAUCAGUGUCUAAAUAUGGAGAUCUCUACAUCCGUUCCGUGUGCUUCAGCCCCGAUGGCGUUUAUCUUGCCACAGGUGCCGAAGAUAAGCAAAUCAGAAUUUGGGAUGUUGUGAAGCGAAAGAUCUGUAAUGUCUUGAAGGGCCACGAACAAGAUAUCUACUCGCUCGACUUUAGCAUGGACGGUCGUAUUAUUGCUUCUGGAUCCGGGGAUUGCACAGCACGGAUAUGGAGCAUGGCAGACGGAAAGUGCCUUCAUGUGCUUCGUAUAAAAGAUCUUGACCAAAAAGAUCCAGGUGUGACUAGUGUGGCAAUAUCUCCCGACGGUCGUCUCUUGGCAGCCGGAAGUCUGGACAAGAUGGUCCGUAUCUGGGAUACUCAGACAGGAACGCACCUGGAGAGAUUGGAGGGUCACAAAGAUAGUGUUUAUUCGGUUGCAUUCAUGCCUGAUGGAAAUUCUCUUGUCAGCGGCAGUCUCGAUAAGACUUUAAAGAUUUGGCAAUUGGGAACGAAUGAAGGUCGUGGCUAUGGAGUCGACAGAGAUCGUUCAAAGGGUCCUUGCAAGACCACAUUUGUUGGACACAAGGACUUUGUUCUUUCGGUUGCAUGUACACCAGAUGGUAGUUGGGUAGUUUCAGGAUCAAAAGACAGAGGUGUACAGUUCUGGGAUCCACGUACCGGUCAAACACAGUUUAUGCUUCAAGGCCACAAGAACUCUGUCAUCUCUGUGGCCAUUAGUCCCAGUGGCCAGCCUGUAUUUGCAACUGGUUCGGGUGAUAACAGAGCGCGUAUUUGGAGCUAUGAAACCCUUGGCGCAUAA